AUGCGCUUCUUUUGCAUCCCGCUGUUCGCCUGCAACACGCAGGUGGACUCGUUGGACAAGCGGCAAUGCAACCUGCAGUCGGUCCCCGGCGAAGUGGAGCGCUAUGCGCGCAAUCUGGAGGAGUUGUUGUUGGACAUGAACCACAUCAAGGAACUGCCAAAGGUGGGCAAGAUAGAAGGUUUUUAUAGAUUUUUUUGAGAGUUUAGGGUAAAAUACGACAUGAGUGGGAGGAAUGACGUCCUUUGGACCAGUUUGACCUUUUGUUUUGGGUCGUUUUCGACAUUUUUACCUUAUUUUAGGUAACAAAAUUUUUAAAAUGGAUAUUUUUGAUGAAUUUUUUGAGAGUUUAGGGUAAAAUACAUUAUGAAUGAGAGGAAUAAAGUCCUUUGGACCAGUUUGACCUUUUGUUUUGGGUCGUUUUUGACAUUUUUACCUUACUUUAGGUAACAAAAUUUUUAAAACGGAUAUUUUUGAUGGAUUUUUUGAGAGUUUAGGGUAAAAUACGACAUUUGAUCAAAGACUAGACCUCUUAGAAUUAUUUCCCUCUUAAUUUUUGGCCCAUUUCCGCCACUUUUACCUAUUUUAGGUAACAAAAUGUCUAAAUUUGAUGGUUCUCAUGGAUUUUUUGAGAGUUUGAGAGCUUAGGAUAAAAUACGACAUGUGUGAGAGGAAUAAAGCACUUUUGACCAGUUUGACCUUUUGUUUUGGGCCGUUUGCGACAUUUUUACCUUAUUUUAGGUAACAAAGUGUCUAAAUUAGAUGUUUUUGAUGCCUUUUUUUGAGAGUUUAGGGUAAUUUUCAUUAGUUUAAGGUAAAGUACAGUAUUUCUGAAAGGAAUAAAGUCCUUCUGACUUGUCUAGCCUUUUAUUUUGGGCUAUUUUGACAUUUUUACCUUAUUUUAGGUAACAAAAUUUUUAAAACGGAUAUUAUUAAUGGAUUUUUUGAGAGUUUAUGGUAAAAUACGACAUGAGCAUGAGUGGAAUGGGUUCCGGCCUUUUUUAUUUACAGUCCGACCUUAAUUUUCGUCCACCUUUUAGACCUUAUUUUAGGUAACAAAAUGCUUAAAACUGAUGGUUUCGAGUUAUAUUUUGAGAGGUAAAUUUCGUCAAAGCUAGGAAUAAUAGGCCCUGAAUUUUAUUUUAAAACCUGCGACAUUAACUUUGGCCACGGUUUUGAUUUUUCGACCUUAUUUUAGGUAACAAAAUGUCGAAAUUUGAUAUUUUCUUAAUUUUUUUGAUAGCUUAGGACUUUUUUCAAACAAUUUUAACUUGUUUUAGGUAAUAAAAUUUAUAAAAUUUUUGUAUUACAUUUUUUUUUUGUUUUUUGUUUCUAAAUAACCCCAUUUUCUUUUCAGUUCCUCUUCCGUUUGCCCAAAUUACGCCGGCUUUGUCUGGGCGACAACGAUCUUCACCGACUCCCACCUGAUAUUGGACAUUUGGUUGGGCUUGUUGAACUCAAUAUCAGUCGGAAUGGUGAGAAUUUUUGUUUUUAUUUUUUGGUUUUAAAAACAAGAAUUUAAAUGCAGUUCGUAUUUUACCUUUUUUUGUGAUUUUUUGUCUAAAAAAUUCACAAAAAAUCGUUUGAGUAAUUUUAUUCUGCAUAACGCGGUCAAAAAAUUUUUUUCUCAAUUUUUGUUUUAAAUUAUUUUAAUUUUUUGAGCGAUUUUUUUUUCAAUUUUUUCGAAUUUUAAAAAUAUUUCUGCAUAACGCGGUUGAAUUUUUUAAUUUUUUAAAUUAAAAUCUCAAUUUUUGUUUUAAAAUUUUUUUAAAAUUUUUUUAAACUAAAUUUUUCAAAUUUUUUUUUAAUUCUGCAUAACGCGGUCGAAAAAUAAAAAAAAUAUUUGUAGAAAUUCACUGAACACAGCGUAUUUUACCCAAAUUUUUUUUAUUUUGAUUGCCAAAUAAAAACUAAUUAUUUUAAAAAAACAAAAAUUUUCCAGACAUUUCCGACCUCCCCGAGGACCUCAAAAACUGCAAACAGUUGCUAAUUCUGGACGUCUCGUCCAAUCCAAUCGCCCGAUUACCCGACUCCAUCACCAUGGUGUCAUCACUCACUCAACUAUCAUUAAAUGACACGAGUCUGACUCGAUUACCGGUGGAUAUUGGCCGAUUGACGAUGCUCCGAUCGUUGGAAGCCCGCGAAAAUCAUCUGCGAACCUUGCCGGCGUCUGUCGCACAUUUACAGCGACUACAGCGGCUGGACUUGGGACAGAAUGAGCUGGACGAACUGGUAAGAAAAGUUUGGAAAGUUAUUAGUUGGAUGUCCGGAGCGAAAAUUUUUGGGUUUUUGAAAAUUUUGCGAUUUUUUGGUACGAUUUGAAAAAAAAAUUUUUUUGGGAUUUUUUGUUUUUUUUUGAUUUUUUGAGCUCAAAAUUUGGUUUUUGCUGCAUAACGCGAUUUAAAUUUUUUUGUGAUGACUUGUAAAACACCAAAAAAAUGUGAAAUAAAAAAAAAUAAUGUCUCGAAAUAAAAAUUUUUUUAAUUUCUGCAUAACGCGAUUUAAAUUUUUUUUGCUAUCACUUAAAAACCCUUACAAACAAUUUUUGGAAAAUAAAAAAAUAAUAGAACUAAAUUUUUUCGAAAUUAAGAAAAAUUUAUUUUUUGCAUAACGCGAAUUUUUUGUUUUGAAAAAAGCGUAGAAUUUUAUAGUACGUCUAGUAAAAAUUCAGUCAUCCCAUUUUCGAUUUUUUUUUGAAUCCUAAUUUUUUGUUUUUUCAUCUUUUUUUGACUCAAAUCUUGGUUGUUUCUGCAUAACGCGGUUUAAAAAAUUUUCCACGCCUUCAAACGUCAUUAUUUUGAUUUUUUUAAACUUUUAAAAAGCUUAAUGAGAAUUUGAAAUUUUUUGAAUUUUUUUGAAAAUUUCGAAUUUCUGCAAAACGCGAUUUAAAAAAAAAUCUUAAAAAUGAAAAUUUUUUUUUUUUCAAAAAAAAGCUGAAAUUCGCAAAUUCUAAAAAAAAAUGUUUUCCAGCCCGCCGAAAUCGGCGCUCUCCGUUCGCUGCAAGAGUUUUACGCCGACGAAAACUCGUUGGAAACGCUGCCGGAGCAAAUUUUGAACUGCAAAAACCUCGAACAAAUCGACAUCUCGACCAAUCGAAUCAUCGAACUGCCCAAUGAGAUUGGAGAGUUGGACAAAUUGACGGAUCUGAUCCUGUCGAACAAUUGCAUCAGCAAUUUGCCCAAUUCGAUCGGUCGCCUCAGGCGAUUGAGCAUCUUGAAAAUGGACAACAACAAUUUGACGAAGCUCACACCGGCCAUUGGCAGCUGUAGCGCGUUGACGGAGGUGUACUUGACCAGCAAUUUGUUGUCGGAACUGCCCAGUACGAUCGGGAAUUUGGUCAAUUUGAGCACCUUGAACUUGGAUAAGAACCAAUUGACCUCGAUUCCGUCGCUGGUAAGCGAAAUUUUUGGGUUUAAAUCGGCUAAAAAUUAAAUUUGAACACUAUCUGGCCAGGUUUUAUCAUCAGAAAAGUUGUCGGACGAAAUGUCAAAAAGUGACAUUUCGUUAUUGGAUUUUGACAUUUCGUCGGUUUUCACUAAAAAUGAGAUUUUAUGGCCUUUUUGAUUAUUGAAAAUUUAUUUCUGGCCUUUUUUACAAUUUUUAUUUUGUGACAUUUCGUUAUUGAUUUUUUGAAAUUUUGAAAAAUUGGAGAAUUUAUGGUUGAAUUUGGUAUUUUAGGAAAGUUUACGAUGAAUUUUAAUAUUUCCAAUUUUUUUUACCCAGCCAUUAACUGAUUUUUUCGCAGUUUUUAUAAUUUUUUUGACUGCACGGUGCGAAAAAUUUAAAAUUGUAAAAUUCAGCGCGAUUUUUUUUGCUGUUGAAUUCAGCAUUGGGUAAAAUACGAACGAACAGUCCUUUUUUUAAAUUAAAAUCAGUUUCGAUACUAAAAAUUGAAAGCAAAUUUCCGAAAAGAAAAAAUAAAUUUUUUUGCACAGUGCGGAAAAUAAAAAAUUGCAAAAUUCGGCGGAUUUUUUUUGUUUUUGAAUUCAUCACAGUGUAAAAUACGUAGGGCAGUCCUUUUAUAAUUAUUAAAAUCAAUUUCGAUGCUAAAAAUUCAAAAAAAUUUUCCAAAUUAAAAAAAUAAAAUUUUUUGCACUGUGCGGAAAAAAAUAUUUUUGCACGGUGCAAAAAAUUUUUUUGGCGUAAAUAUUUAGAACAGGCAUUUUACAGUAAUUUUUAAGGCUAUUUUCCCAAUUUUAGAUCGGGAACUGCCAACAACUCACGUUGCUUUCGCUCCGAGACAAUCAAAUCGCUCAAUUGCCAAUGGAAAUCGGGAAAUUGGCCAAACUACGGGUGUUGGAUGUGGUCAACAACAAACUGGAGAGCCUACCCUACACUGUCAACGUUCUCUACGAGUUGCAGGCACUCUGGUUGUCGGAGAACCAGUCGCAGGCCAUGCUGAAAUUGCAGCCCGAAAGGGACCCGGCGACUGGAAUCAACGUCCUAACUUGCUAUUUGCUACCUCAACAAGGCGCUAGUCACUUCAAUGGUAGGUUGGAGGGGUUCUGGGGUCUUUGGGGGGAUUUUGGGGGAGUUUGGGUUACUGUAUUUUUAAAAAAUUUUUUGAAUUUUUUUCGCGAAUUUUGAAAAAUUUUGGGGGAAAAAUUAGGAUUUUUUAUAUCAGUAGUAAUUUGUAGGAGCUGUGGAGUGGUAUUAAAAAAUUUGGGACCGUUUGGGUUACUGUAAUUUUUCUUAUUUUUUUGGGUUUUUUUGCGAAUUUUGAAAAAAUUUAGGGGAAAAAUUGGGAUUUUUUAUGUCACUAGUACUUUGUAGGAGCUGUGGAGUGAUUUUAAAGAUUUUUAGAGCACUUGGGACACUGUAAUUUUUAUCUUUUUUUAUUUUUUUGCGAAUUUUGAAAAAUUUUUUGGUGAAAAAUUGCGAUUUUUUAUGUCAAUAGUACUUUGUAGGAGCUGUGUAGUGAUAUAAAAAAUUUUGAGAGCGUUUGGGUUACUGUAAUUUUUUUUUAUUUUUUUUUAUUUUUUUGCGAAUUUUGAAAAAUUUUAGGUGCAAAAUUGAGAUUUUUUAUAUUAGUAAUGCUCUAUGAGAGCUUAGAGUGAUAUAAAAAAUUUUUGGGAGCCUUUGGGUUACUGUAUUUUUAAUUAUUUUAAAUUUUUUUUGUGAUUUUUGAAAAAUUCUGGCCGAAAAGUAAAUUGGGAUUUUUUUAUAUCAAUAGUACUUUCUGGGAGGUAUGGAGUGAUUUAGAAAUCUUUUUGGAGUACUUGGGUUACUGUAUUUUCUAUUAUUUUUUUUAUUUUCAUACUGUAUUCCCCCCAAAUACGAUCCGUUCAAGGAGAUCUUGAAGCCAAUUAAGUGGUGCCAAGAAUAAAUUUUUUUGUUCAGAACAGCCCAUUGUCUAACCCAUUGUUAGUCCUUGUUUACAUGCCCUCGGGGCAAAGAACAGUGUUUGUUUAAUGGGCAAUAAAAUGCGAUUUUUUAUAUCCCAAAAAAUCUUGUUUUUAUUAGUUAUUUUUUUUCAUUUGCGCCGUAGAGGGCUUGUAGCUUCUUGGAAAACUUUUUGGGUUACUGUAAUUUUAUUUUUUGAAAAAAAUAAAUUUUUUUUUUUUGAAAUUUUUUCGCAAAAUCUCCCAAAUUUCUAAUAAAAAAUCGGUGUGAUUUAUUUUAUUUGUGGCGUGGAGAAGUUUUGGCGUCUAGGAAAACCUUUGGGGUACUGUAAUUAUAUUUUUUUAACUGUAAUUUGAGAUUUUUUCAAAUUUUUUUGAUUUUUUCCGCAAAUUUCCAACAAAAAAUCAAAUUUUUCCCUGAAAAUUCACUUUUCAAAUCUUUCAUUUAUCUUGUUCUUGCCAUUCGCAUCAUUCGUCAUCUAAUUUUCGCUAAAUUUAGUCCUCCUUUGGCCUCUAAACCUCGCAGAUACCAAAUUAAUUACCUUUUUUAAGCAUUUUCUGUCACAUGCCCUGGGGCAUUUUCAAAAAAAUUGCCUUUUUCUGAGCUCCCAAUCCCCUGCGUUAAGCCCUUAUCUAAUUUCAGACAGUAACUCGAGCCAGCAGCGCAAUUCGGCGGCGUUUUUGGGCGGCCCGAAAGUGCAUUUCGGCGAUCAGAAAGAAGAGGAGGACCCGCUGAAGGGCGCCUUCGAACGCCACAACACACCCCACCCCAAACCCCAUCAGGCCAUGAAGAACAGGACUCAGGUGGACGGGCACGUCAUUCAGCACGAGGACGACGUAGGUUUUGAUUUGAAAUUUGGCGAAUUUACCUGAUUUUUCGAAAAUUUUGGGCUUUUAUUGUAUAAAAGUUUAAUUCAAAAUGAUAACAAAGUAGUUUAGAAAUCUUUUGGAAGCUUUUCGAGUAUUUUAAGAACGAUUUUUUCUCAGAAAAAUUGGGAAAUUUUGUAGGACCCCUCAAGUGUAAUAUACAGAUUGGCUUUAUAUGUUGUGGAAAUGAAAGUAGCAUUUUUAAAAGACAUUUGGAAAAAAUUUUGGAAUGCGUUAUGCAGAAAUCGCCGAGUUAUGACACAUUUUGAAUUGAAAAAUUUCAAAAAAAUCGGUGGUUUUUUUUAUUUUUUUUGCUUUCUUGUUGCGAAAUCUUUUUAAAAAUUGAUCUAGAUUUUUUCUAGGAAUUUUUUAUUGCUAAAUCGCGUUAUGCAGAAUUUUUCAGAAAAUUUUCUGUAUAACGCGAUUUCAAAAAUUUUUUUUGAAAAAGGGAAAAUAUUAAGUUUUAUAAAGUUUUUGGGUAGUUUUAGUGUUAAAAAAUCAAAAAUAAAUAUAAAAAAAAUGUUUCAAAAAUCGUAUUUUACCUUAUUUUCCCUUUUUUCCCGAUUUUUUUGCUCAAAAUCCCAAUUUUCGACAUAAAACUACAAUUAAAAAAGUUUAAAUGUUUCCCCAAAAUAUUUGUUAUACCCAUUCUGCCCCAUUCGUCGCUGAAUCCCUCAAAAAUCUCGGCUCGGCUUACCCAUUUCCCCCCAUUUUCAGCGUCGUCCAUCCGUUGUGUCGCUAACGAAAAAAACCUCUGUGUCGGAGAAGUCGGAUCAGCUCCCUUCGACCUCCCUACAACCCAAAUCCUCACUUAAACACCCGCCGGUCCAUAAUCAGCCCGGCUCCGAGUCGCCGUCCUACAUUUCGUCGGCCGCCGCCGCCACAAAGGUAUGGAUUUUUCCGGGUGGAAAAAAAGUGGAGAAAACGCACCGCUUGCCAACAAACCCCACGCCGAUUUAACCCCAAAACAAUCGCAAAUCACUUCUCAAGACGAAAAAAUUUUGAUUUGAAUUGAAAUUUCGAAAAAAUUUUUUUUGCACAGUGCAAAAUUUUCGCCUAUUUUGCACUAGAUUUUCGCACUGUGCACGGAGAAUUUUGAAAUUUUUGAUUUUACUAAUAUUUAUUGCCGGUUUUUGUGAAAGUUUUGGAUAUUUUUUAGAAGGCCCUGAGGCGGAUUUACACUCUCUAAAUUUGUCUGAUUUUUUGUUACCAGUAGUACUAUUAAAAAUCGAAAUUUAUAAAAUUCGAUUUGCACAGUGCAAAAUUUUUUUGUCUUGAGUAGUACAGUAAUCUCUCGGCUUGACAAACUGAAUUUUCACACUGCCACGCUCAGCUCAUGCCUGGCUUAAUCAAGGGAGCGGGAUUUUUUGGGAUGGGUAAGAGGGGGAAAUGGAAAAAAGUUACAGUAACCCGUUAUUUAGCAAUGAAAUUUUUGGUUUUUUCCUUAAAACUUGUAAGUUCUAGUCCUAUGAUCUUUUUUAUGUCAAAAUUCCCGAGGUUUUCCGGCGUUUUCGGCAAAAGUGACAUUUUAUACGAUGAAACAUGUUUUUUGGAAAUUUUGCGGAAUCUUAUUGGCAAUUGGAAAAAAUCAGUUUUAGAUAGGUUUGUUAGGUCAAUUACUUAACAAGGAUUCAUUUUAAGACGAAGUUAUAUUACCUUUUAUGGAGAAAAUUAAAAUUUUCGUCAAAAAGACCGAAAAUGAGGUGGUUUUCCGAAGAAAUCAUGCCAUUUUCCCGAUAAAACACAUAAAUAAAAUACCUACGCCCACUCCAUGAGGCGCUCUAAUCCCCAUUUGCACCGCCUUACCCCUCGAAACUGCUUUUACUCUCGGUUCAGGGCCGGAACGUGGCGUUCGCGCUGCCGGCGGACGUCGAGCACGCGCAAGAGCUGGAGGAAUGCCGUCUGAAGCGCGUGAACACGCCGCAUUAUGGGCGCGCCGCACGUCUCGCCCAACAACAGCAGCAGCAGCAACAACAGCAACAAAGUGGGAGUCCGUUCUCGUCGAUGCAUCGUGUGAAUCCAACAGGUUGUCAUGUUCAGGUACUGUCUGGUGUUGUUUCAUCGUAUUCUCGGGGACAUCCCGCGGUCGAAUUUUAGUGGUUCUUUUUUCGUAGUGGUCCACAAGGUCCUAGGUUCAUUUAGGAACUCUUUUCGGGGUAGAUUUUGCCCGAAAGUUGCGUUAAUUUUGAGAUUUUUUGAAUUCGGGAGCUCCAUAUUCCACUUGAUCUUUCAUGGACAAUAUCAGAUGUCUGGUUUGACCGAAAUUCUUGAUAUUUGGCACAAUAGACUGUCAUAUCAUCUAGUUUAUUCCCCGCAAAAAUUAAGUCAAUAGCUCCAUCGACUUCCAAGAUAUCACCUGAUAUUAUCCAUGACCACCUACCUAAAACAAUGUCCCCCGAAUCUCCUCGAUUCUCGUUCAAAUGUCGGUCUGAGAUGAAAACAGCGCCAGAUGGUUGUCUGAAAUCUUACCAUGAAAACUUGUCCGUUCGCUAACUGUCCGUCGUGUUCGUCCGCGCACCCGCUAAACCCUUUGUUGAGGCCGGCCCUCAUGUCGUGUCUAACCCACCAUGGUACUAAAUAUCGCACGUUUUAACACUUCGCACGGGUUUUUUGGUGUUGUGAGCUGGAUAUGGAGGGUGGUGAAUGUACAUGGAAGAAAGAUUUUUAGGGAAUUUGCAACUUUUUAUAUUAUCCAUGGGGAUCAGGUGAAUAAGGUCAUAAGUUGACCGAAAACGGUCUGAUUUCCGUCAGAUUUCGCACAGAGAUGCUGUAUAGAAUUUAGACACAGUACCCCAAAGUUAAAAGCUCCAUGAACACAAUCCACUGAGUUAUCGACAGUUUUUUAAAAGUGGGCGGAGCUAAAAAAUAUGCAAAUUUUUUAAAAAUUUUUGGUUGCUAUGAUCGUCAAAAUUUGUUAAAAACCCCUCGGGAAUCUUUAGUAUAACUUUUUUUCUCCAACUUCAGACAUUAUUUCGCUUUUUUGACGAAAUGUCACAGGAUUUAUUGGAAUUUUUUUUUUGUGACAUUUCGUCGCAGAGGUAGAUUUUGGAACUGCGUAUUUUACCAUGCACAUUCACCACUUCGAUGUUGUCGGUUUCUCGAUAUAGCGACUGAUUUUUCGUUUCCAAUAACCCGAUUUUACCGCUUUCCAGGAGAAUCGACAACCCUUUCCGGCCGCCCAAGGCAGCACUUCCAGCUGCGAAACAAAGCGUCUCACAAUUCGGCGUGAGCCCAACGUGGGGCUGGGCCUCUCCAUUGCGGGUGGAAUCGAGUCGACGCCUUAUAUUGUGAGUUGUCUGGGAAAUGCGUCAUCAUGACGGGAUUUGAUCCGUGAAAACUUGAUUGGCUGAGUUUUUGAAAGAUUGGAAAUACGAUCUAAGGAGUAGUUGUUGUUUUAAAAACUGUUUUAGCUCAUUUUUUGGUCGAUUUUUGAUGAAAUUCCAGAAAAUCGGUCAUCGUGACGUUAUUUAAAAUUAAUCAAAUGGAAUGCAAAUGGCGUGAAAAUUAAUUGAUUAGACUCUUGGAUGGUUGUCAAAAAAAUUUGUGUCAAAAAUACGUCAUUUUCUAAAUUUGUCUAAAAAAUGUGUCAUCAUGACACAUUUUCAAGUCCAUAUAUUUGGAGAAAUUUAUGCUCAUAUUAAGUCUAUGGCUCGUUGUAGGCUCAAAAAUUGUAUUUACAUCUUGAAUGAAAGCAAAAUACGUCAUAAUGACGGAUUUUUUGGAAAUUUUUUGAAAUUGUUAUUUUGAAAAUUUUGAGGAAUUAGUUGAGUUUUAGCCUUGUUGAAAUCUUUAUAAGCCGACAGACUUACUUUUUCGCCGGUUUUCAGGACAACGACACGGGUCUUUUCGUCUCCAAACUCAUUCCGGGUGCGCCCGCCGAGAAGUGCGGGCUUUUGGUGGGCGACAAGUUGUUGGAAAUCAACGGGACGAGCAUGGUGAACCAACGGCACGAUGUGGCCGUCAAAUGCGUCCAACAGAACACCAGCGUGGUGGAGCUGGUCAUACAGCGGGCGUUGAAGCGGACGCCCAGUCAGACGUCGCUUCAUCAACUGCUUUCCGAGGAAAAAGUAAGUGAUUUUGUUGAUAAUAGUCCUGUUUAAAUUACUUUUUGUCUUUUAAAGUUUAGCCUGGGGCGGAAGACAGAAUGUGAAAGCUUUUGAAUUCCUUUUUGAGGCGUUUUUACCCAUUUUUUGGACGUUAACAUCAAAAUUUUGACAUGGAUAAUAUAAUUAAGUGUCCAAAAAGUUGAUUAAAAAAGCUGAAAUAAUUUUUCUGACACUCUUUUUGCUUAGUUUUGUUAUUUAGAGUUAGUUUUGAUCGAAAAAACCGUAUGAAACAGAAUGCCAAAAUUGGCGGGAAAUUUGAAAAUUCAAAUAUUUUUAUCGCAGAUAGCCGGAAAUGAACUGUAGAUGGGUGGAAAUAACUUUUGUCAAUUUUACAGACAAAUUGGAAUGUUUUUUGACUAACUUUGGAUCUAAAGGACACUUGAAGCAGAAUGCCAAAAUUGCCGGGGUAUCUGAAAAUUAAGCCUUGUUUCUGCUCAAAAUGCGAUCAGAAUGUAAAAUACGGAGUCGCUUUUUCAUCCUCGAUGCUCUUUAGCAGUCUAAUUCGUCAAAAUUAGUCGUUUAAACAGAAUGCCAAGAUUGGCGGGAAAUUUGAAAAUUAAGCUUUGUUUUUGUGCAAAAUACGAUCUGAGAGUAAAAUACGGAACCGCUUUUUGACCUUCAUUGCUUUAGGAGUCAAUUUCAUCAAAAUUAGUGGUUAAAACAGAAUGCCAAAAUUGGCGGGAAAUUUGAAAAUUAAGUUGUAUUUUUGUAUGAAAUUCGAUCUUUAGGUAAAAUACGGAAUUUUACACUUGUGCUUCAUUUUUCAAAAAUAAAAAAAUCACCGUCAGUUUACUCUCUUCCCCCUAAAAAUUUCACGUUUUAACAGCUGAUUUGAGCUUCCCGAGGGCUUAAAUUUCUCGCACAUUCUCCCUCCCUCCCCAAACCAUAUUUUUCGAGACCUAAGCCCUUCAAAGCUAAUGUUUAUACUCUGGUUUAAACCGCCUUUCCUGUUUAGAAUAAACUGUUCAAAGCGCCGGGGAUUUCGGACAACGGCGUCACGACCGGCUCCAACACCACCUCCACCACGAUUCAUUGGGACCCGCGACGCCAGCUGGGCAUGUCCAUGCUGCACACAUAUCAAGUGUACCCGAACAAGUCGCCGCUGAGAGUCCAGUACAUAACACCGGGCGGGCUGGUGGACCAGGACGGGAAAAUCGGCGUGGGCGACGAGAUCAUCAGCAUCAACGGUAAAUCUUUGUUGGGCAUGGAGUUCGAGAAGGCGCUGGGGAUGCUGCAACGGCCGGCCAACGAUCGCCCGAUCGAGUUGCAUCUAGUUGUGCAACGAAAUCCCGAACCCUUGAAACCACUCAGGUCGGACCUUCAAAAAUCAUCGAAUUUGUCGACAAAUCUGUCAACAACUUUGUCCACGAAUACCCCAUCAAAUUCUGCGUUAAAUUCUGCAUCGAAUAAUGUGCUCUCGGCGCCAGCGAUCGUUGACGGAACCGUUGAAUUUGUCGAGUUGGCGAGGGAUGUCAACAAUUCCCUAGGCCUGUCGAUUGUGGGCGGCGUCGACCACUGUUCCCAUCCGUUCGGCAUCGACCGACCCGGCGUUUUCAUCAGCAAAAUCAGCCGCAAUUCGGCCGCCGCGCAAACGCAACGCCUCCGCGUGGGCGAUCGCAUCUUGUCGGUGAACGGCAUCGACCUGACCAAGGCCAAGCACGCCGAAGCCGUGCAGACCCUCAAAAACUCGGGCCAGCUCCUCAAACUCGGCGUCUCGCACGACCCCCAGCCUAAGGGCCUCCGCGAAAUCACGUUCACGCGCCGCGUCGGCGAACAGAUCGGCCUAGCCAUCUUCGGCGGCAUCAACUGCCCGCCCGCGAACCCCACCGACCCCACCGACGAAGGCAUCUUCAUCGAGCGCGUGGAGCCGGCCAGCGUGGUCAGCGAGGUGGAGGGCCUGCAUCGCGGCGUCCGCAUCAUCGAAGUCAACGACGAAAGUCUUUUGGGCUGCACCAAAAGCGAGGCCGCCCAGAUUCUGCGCAAGACAGAAGGCCGCGUCCGCUUGUUGAUCUGCGAUGGGUUCAAUAGCGGCGAAACGGUGAGAAUUUUCGACUGAAUGUCAUAAACUUUGUGCUAGGACAUACAGUAACGGACCUGAUCCAGUGGCAAAAAACGUACCAUUUUGCAUCCGGGAAGUAUCAAAAAAUGUAGCAAAAUACCUCCAUUUUCAAGUGAAAAAACUCCGUUUUUGAAGGGCGCCCUCACAAAAAGAACUGACGCGCUUUUGAAAUCGGAGUUUUUUCACUUGGAGAAGGAGGUAUUUUGCAACAUUUUUGAUACUUCCCGGAUUCAAAAUGGUACGUUUUUUGCCACUAGGUCAGGUCCGCCACUGUAGGAGUCUCGCAUAUGUAUAAUUACGAACGAACUACUACAGUGGCGGACCUGAUCCAAUGGCAAAAAAUGUACCAUUUUUCAUCCGGGAAGUAUCAAAAACGAAGCAAAAUACCUCGAUUUUCAAGUGAAAAAACUCCGAUUUCAAAAACGCCCGCUCUUUUUGUGAGGGGAAGCCCUUCAUAAACGGAGUCUUUUCACUUGGAGAAGGAGGUAUUUUGCAAAAUUUUUUGAUACUUCCCGGAUGAAAGAUGGUAAAUUUUUUGCCACAGGAUCAGGUCCGCACUGUCGUAGGGCUUAGCGGAGCAUCUGAGUAAGAAAAUUGCAAAGAAAUUUUUUGGUUUUUAGCUGGAAAAUUCAAAAAACUUUUAAGUUAUUUUUUAAAAUUUCGAUUUUUUUGCGGUUUUCGAAGACUUAUUUCUCAAAGUUCUAAGCUCAGAAACUUCUCAAAUUUCCCACGAAUUUUCUGGCUAGUUCACAUUUCAAUCACAAAAAUUUUUAGCCCGCAGUUUUUAGACAUAGCCGAGAUAUUCAACCAUCUUGGCAUACUUCAUAUUAAAAAAAUUUUUUUCCAAAAUUCAAAAAUUUUUGCUAUGCAGCGGCUCUAGAAAUUCACAGCUGGCUGUAAAAAGUAUAUCACGGACUUUUCAAAUCACUUUCACGCACACUUUGUUUUUUUUAGAAGACGCGUGAAAUCGUUUCCAAUGACUAUAUUAACAUUGAAACUUUGGCUUUAUAACAGCUGCAAAUGGCUUUUCAAACGGCUUCAAUUUGCUUAUUAAUCUGUUUCCCACAAUUCUAAUUCCAAAACGGGUCAAAAGGCGAAGAAAUUUUUGAAUUCGAUUUUUCCCGCCAAUUUUUGGCAUUCCGUUUCAAGGGCUGAAAAAGAAGUUUUUGAGGUCUAAAUUAUUAGGGGAUAGUGUGUAGAGCUUUCUGAAGUAGUUUUUGUACUUAAAACGAGAUUUUUAGGGAUAUUUUUAUGUUAUACUUGACAUCUGCUGAUAUUUUUGUCAAAAAAUCGCAAUUUUUCUGUUGUAAUGAAUCUGAAACCUUUCUCAAAUACCUCAGAGAACCCUCUGAAUCAAUUAUUUACAAUUUCAAAUCCUGAGUUACCACUAAAAUACGACUAACACCCAAAAUUUUCGCCCAAACUCCCCUCUUCCGCUGACCCCCUCGAUUUUCCAGACCCGUGAGCGCGCUGAGUCUUCGUUCGCCUCCUCCUCGAUCACUUUGCCCUCCAUUUCCGACCAUCACACUUCUCUGUCGACCCUUCCCCAGUUCCACGAAACCCCCGCCCAUCGCUCCUCGUCCGGCGUCAGCUCGAUGGCGUCGGAGCGGCCGAAGGUCCCGGCCCGAAGCCCGGAUUCCCGACUCUCCACUCCCUUCAGCGUCACUCCCACACCGACUGUAAGUGAGAGAGAGCACUGCGAGCACGAUUUUUUUGAGUUUUUUGCGCUUUUUAUAUUAUACUAGGUCCAAAUGUCGAAAUUUUUGAGGAAAAGAGGUUUUGGAAUUUUCCGAUUGUUCUGAAAUUUUGAAUAUUUAAUUUUGAGUGCUCUUGAAUUUUUUAUGGAAAUUUUUAGACCGCGUUUUGCAGAAUUCACCGAGAUAUGAGGGGUUGUAGCCGAUAAAAUCGAUUUUUUUCGUUUUUUGGCCAAGUAUACCGUAUUUUACAAUGCGAAAAAAAAGAGAAAAAGGGAUUUUCGUUUUUUAGCACCAGUUUUAUCAAAGCCUUGCUUGAAACCGAGAUUUUUUGAUUUUCAAAAUGAAAAUUUUUUUGAUGUUUCUGCAUAACGCGGUUUCAAAAAUUUCCCAAAUUUCUUAGAAAAGUGAAUUCUUUAAUUAAAAUGAGUUUCAUAAAAUUUGAGACACUUUAGAGCCCUUUGUUUAUAUUAUACUGCACAUUAACCAGUUUUUUUCUGAAAAAUCUCGAUUUUUACCUCUUUUUCCGAUUUUUUGCUUUCUUUUUUGCCUGUUAUUUGAUCUCUGUGAAAAGAAGUUUACAUGUAUGCUACAAAUGUCGUAUUUUACCCUUUCAGAACUCCAACGUGACCACUUUUCCCUCCGAAAAACCGCCGAACGGAGAGAGCCCCGAAUCUCCGGAGAAUGUGAGCUUCGCCUCGAAACUCCAACGCCUCGAAACUGCCUCCAAAUUGCACUCGAUCUACCCACAACCCUCCGCCCAAAAGAUUGGAGGCCACGUGGUUUCGGCGAGCAGUUUGGAGAACAAUAAUAAUAUCAAGGAGGAGAGGAAGGAUGGGUAAGAUUAUUGAUGAAUUGCUCGGAGCUCAAAGCUCGAAAUGACUUUAAAUUUGGCAUAGAUACUCUGUAUAUGCUACAAAUCAAUCACUGAAAAUUUUAGCUUCCAUCUUGCAAGGAGCGUCGAGAUAUUCAACAAAAUAUUUUUUUAUUUGAAAAUGAGAAAUUUUUCGCGGGAUUUUCAAAAAAUUUUUUUGAAAAUCCGAUUUCUUUCAAAUUCGUCACAGAUACUCUGUAUAGGCUACAAAUCAAUCACUGAAAAUUUUAGCUCGCAUCUUGCAGGGAGCGUCGAGAUAUUCAACGAUCUUUGCUAACGAGAGACUAUGGAAAAUGAGGAGAGACGGUUGGGAAAAAAAAAGUUUUUUGGCUAUAUCUUUGCGAAUAUAGCAGGAAAAAAAUUAUUUUUUUUGUGGAAACAUUGUGCCCAGUCGAAUAGAAUUUUUGGUAUUAUAAUCUUAAAAAAAUGGUCGAUUUUCCCGCAAAUAUCGACCGAUUUUUUCUUUUUUGAGAUUUUUUGGAGCAAAAAUUCGCAUUCUGUUCGAAAUGAGGGGUCCAAUGUUUCUACUGAAAAUUAAUUUUUACCUUGAAAAAUUCACAAAGAUAUAGCCAAAAAAAACAUUUUUUCUGGACGGUCUCUCCUCAUUUUCCAUAGUCUCUAGUCCGCAAAGAUCGUUGAAUAUCUCGACUCUCCCUGCCAGAUAUAAGCUAAAAUUUUUAGUGGUUGAUUUGUGGCCUAGACAGAGUGUCUGUGACGAAUUUGAAGGAAAUCGGAUUUGCAAAAAAAAAUUUUUUUUGAAAUUUUCGCCAAAAAUUUAUCAUUUUCAAAUAAAACAAUAUUUUUGAAUUUUUUUCACGUCAAAAUGAUUUUAAAAUGCGUGGAAAAAAUUUUCAUCUUUUUCUCUUUUCAGCCCACUCACCCGAACCAUCCCAAUCACCAUAAAAAACGAGGCCGAACAGCUCAAACUCGAUGACAAAAAGUCGAAUUUCAUCGACAAACAGCCGGACUGGGUGAAAACUCGACUCACCAGCCUGGACAAUGAGCCAUUACGCGCUGAAAUACUCAUGAAUCGACCAAGACAACAGACGGUAGGUCUCAAAGUAGUGGUUUUUAUACUGUGCUGUUUUAGCCCGCCAAAGGCUCGGAGAUGGAGAAUAAACCGCUGAAUUCCAAUGGAAAUGGGCUGGAUUCGAGGCCGAAGGUAUGAGUUGUUGGUGUCGUAUGUCUUGAAAAUAAUUAAAACAUUAUUUGGAUAUUCAAAAUCGAUUUUUAAACUUAUUUUUGGAUACUAAAACGGAAUGCCAAAAUUGGCGGGUAAUUUGAAUUUUUGAAUUUUCACGGAUGAAAAAUAAGUCGAACACUUUAGUUCCCGCAUUUUACAACGUUUUUUGUUAUUUUUAAGCUAAAUUUAACUCAUUUCCGACCCUUGGAACAGAAUGCCAAAAUUGGCGGGAAAUUUGAAGUUUUUAAUUUUCUUGGAUGGAAAAUCAGUUGGAUGCUUAAGUUGUCGUAUUUUACAAUGUUUUCUGCUAUUUUUAAACCAAAUUUAAUUAAUUUCCGACCCUUGAAACAGGAUGCCAAAAUUGGCGGGAAAUUUGAAUUUUUUGGAUUUUAUUUCAUUAAACUGAAUGUCCAACUAUGGAGUUCGUAUUUUACAAUGCUUUGUAUUAUUUUUAAACCUAUUUCGAUUAAUUUCCGGCCCUUGAAACAGAAUGCCAAGAUUGGCGGGAACUUUGAAAUUUCAAAUUUCAUCAUUUUUAAGAACGACAAUAGGUACACUAACGCGUAUUUUACAAUCUGAAGUAAUUUUUUAUUUAUUUCCAACCCUAAAACAGAAUGCCAAAAUUUGCGGGAAUUUAAAAAGUUUUAAAAUUCCCUUCAAAAUUAAAAUUAUUUUCGAAUUCCAGGAGCGCACAGUGGAGAUAAAAUUCGCGGACGAUGGAGAUUUGUAG